CUAGGCUAAGCUCGACAGCUACAGCAGUCUUCCCAUAUUGUAGUUAGUAGAGACGCACCGGCUCCAACACAUCACGGUGCUGCAGGGUGAUCCCGCUCUCCAAAAUUUAAGGGCGAAAAAACUAGGCUACAAAUACGGAAGGGAUAUAUACAUAUCUGAAGAUGAUUAAGCUGUUUUCGUUGAAACAACAGAAGAAAGACGAGGAAUCUGCCGGAGGAAACAGAACAGGAGCCGGGGGUAAAAAAGCGAGCGCGGCCCAGCUUCGAAUACAGAAAGACAUCAAUGAGUUGAACCUGCCAAAGACGUGUGAGAUUAACUUCCCUGACGAUGAUGACCUGCUCAACUUCAGACUCAUCAUCUCACCAGACGAGGGCUUCUACAAAGGUGGCAAGUUUGUCUUCAGUUUUAAGGUAGGACAGGGAUACCCACAUGACCCACCCAAGGUAAAGUGUGAGACGAUGGUUUACCACCCCAACAUUGACCUGGAAGGAAAUGUCUGCCUAAAUAUCCUAAGAGAGGACUGGAAGCCUGUGCUGACAAUAAACUCCAUCAUCUAUGGCCUACAGUAUCUAUUUCUAGAACCUAAUCCGGAGGACCCGUUGAACAAGGAGGCGGCGGAGGUCCUGCAGACAAACCGGCGGCUAUUUGAGCAGAAUGUCCAGCGCUCGCUGCGGGGGGGCUACGUGGGUGCCACCUACUUCGAGAGGUGUCUUAAAUAACUUCCCAACUCCUCCUCCUAUUCCUCUAAGUCCUGCCCCACCCCACCCUGACCGCCUCAUGCCCCGCUCCCUCAUGCCCUCCCUCCCCCCUGCCUGACCUGUUCGGCGGCAGCAUCAGAAAGCAGCACGCCAGAAGACGCUUUUCUUUUUUCUUUUUAAAAAAAAAAAAAAUUAAAGAAGAAGCAGAAGAAAUCCCCUUCCCUUCUCCCUGUCUCUCUCCCUACCCCUCCCACCCCACCUCCUAUCUUCCAAGACGCAUUCUACAGUUUACACGCCAUUGGAUAUGCCGGCCCUGCAGACAACACGCGUAAACACACCUGACUUGAGUGGAUCGAUGAAAUCGGGUGAUGAGGAUAAAGAUGUGGGGUGAGGGUCGUAGAGGGAGGAGUUAGGUGUGGGUGGCCGGUGAAUGUUUGCCUGGGGGGAGUUGAUAAGUUGGUAAACGCCACUACAUUGAUAACGAUGAUGAAACCUACAUGAGAUUUUAUUUUUAUUUUUUAAUCAAUUUUAAUUUGUUGGAAGAGAGGACACGGAAACUGAUCCGCCCGCUGAGAGGCAAGCAGGCAAACAGACAGAAAGACACACACAGACACAAACAUACAGGCAGACAUGUCUCUCUCUUCUCUACUUAAGACUCCCAAGUGUUGUAUGUGCAUUAUGGGCAUUCGGCGAGCACUCCUAAAUGGGAGAGAUUGAAACUUGAUGCACCACAUAGUACACACACACACACACACACAUACAGACGCAAGUCUGGAAGGUCUCACUGCUGCAUGCACUUAAAAUCCCAGGUACACACACAUAUACACACACACACACACACACACACACACACACACACACACACACACAUAUGUAGACAUACAUGCCAUAGACAAGCAGUGUAAAAGGAGGGAAUCACUGACAGACCAACAUCAAUCUAGACAUUCAAGAUCAGUAAUGUCACACGGACAGGGCUGUCAUAGGAAGGGGAAACGUGCUUUGUUAUUGGGGA